CUUUCCGGUUGCCGUCCAUGCAGUGAACAGCUGAUGUGGAGUCUCUCUCUCUCCUUCUCUCUCUCUCUUUCUCUCUCUGUCAGAAAGUCGUGAAGUGUUUUCCUCGUCCCUUCUCGAGACCGUAGCUCGACAUGACGAAAGACGAAGUCCAGGGGGCUACGGAGGAGGAGCAGCAAGCUCAGUCAAAGAAAGGCCAGAAGAAACAGCAGAAGGAAGCGGAGAAAGCCGCAAAGAAGGCUGAGAAACAGGCCAAGCUGGCUGCCGAGCAACAAACCACAGAGGAAGAUGACUUUGCCAAGGACCAAUAUGGUGUGCCGGCUAUGGUUCAGUCCCAACAAAAACUGGACAGGGCCUUGGUACGAAUCCAGGACCUGACUCCUGAGAGAGCCGACCAGCUGAUCUGGCUGCGUGCCCGAGUCCACACCAGCAGAGCCAAAGGGAAGCAAUGCUUUUUGGUCCUGCGUCAACAGCAGUUCAACGUGCAGGCACUCGUUGCCGUGGGAGAUCGUGCCAGCAAGCAGAUGGUCAAGUUCGCCGCAAACAUCACCAAGGAAAGUAUCGUAGACGUGGAGGCGUCGGUGAGGAAAGUUGAACAGAAGAUCGAGAGCUGUUCCCAGCAGGACGUGGAGCUGCACGUCGAGCGGAUUUUUGUCGUCAGCCAGGCGGAGCCCCGCCUCCCCCUGCAGUUGGACGACGCCGUCAGGCCAGAUGGAGAGGGGGAAGAGGAAGGUAGAGCCACUGUGAACCAGGACACCAAGCUGGACAACAGAGUGAUUGAUCUCAGGACAACCACCAGCCAGGCCAUCUUCCGGCUGCAGGCGAGAGUGUGCCAGCUCUUCAGAGACACCCUCACCGAUAAGGGCUUUGUUGAGAUCCAGACCCCUAAGAUCAUAUCAGCUGCCAGUGAAGGUGGAGCCAACGUCUUCACUGUGUCUUACUUCAAGACCAGCGCCUACCUGGCCCAGUCUCCCCAGCUCUACAAGCAGAUGUGCAUCUGUGCCGACUUUGACAAGGUCUUCUGUGUGGGGCCAGUUUUCCGGGCGGAGGACUCCAACACCCACCGUCACCUGACUGAGUUUGUGGGUCUGGAUAUUGAAAUGGCCUUCAACUACCAUUACCACGAAGUGAUCGAGUCCAUCACCGACACCAUGGUUCAGAUCUUCAAGGGCCUGAGAGACAACUACCAGAAUGAGAUCCAGACUGUGAACAAGCAGUUUCCCAGUGAGCCCUUCAAAUUCCUGGAGCCCACUCUGAGGCUGGAGUUCACUGAGGCCGUGGCCAUGCUGCACGAGGCUGGCGUGGAGAUGGGUGAUGAGGAAGACCUCAGUACACCCAACGAAAAGCUGCUUGGCCGUCUCGUCAAGGAAAAGUAUGAUACUGACUUCUACGUGCUGGAUAAAUACCCACUGGCUGUCAGACCCUUCUACACGAUGCCAGAUCCAAGCAACCCUAAAUAUUCCAACUCCUAUGACAUGUUCAUGAGGGGGGAGGAGAUCCUGUCUGGAGCUCAGAGAGUCCACGAUCCUCAGCUGCUGACUGAGAGAGCCGUCCACCAUCAGAUUGACCUGGAGAAGAUCAAGUCGUACAUUGACUCCUUCCGGUAUGGAGCCCCCCCACAUGGCGGUGGAGGCAUUGGCCUGGAGAGAGUCUGCAUGCUGUACCUCGGCCUCCACAACAUCCGUCAGACCUCCAUGUUCCCCCGUGACCCCAAGCGCCUGACACCUUGAGCCUUCGUCCAAGUGGACAAACCCAAUCAUCCGGGACUAACACACAGAUGCUGGUGACGGGAAACAAUAGUAAUCCAGAAAGGGAGAGGGUAUAGGGGUUAGUGGCACCCUAGACACUAACAUGUCACUAUGAUUAACCAUUAAGAUGCAAGAAUAAUGCAGUCGCAAAGGUAGGGUGUAUUUUAUUGAUUGAUGUGCAACAACAGCAAAUGACAAAGGGAAUAAAAAGAAAGAGGAGCUGAUCUGUGAUUUAAGGAAGUUGCUGGAAGCACAUCUUUUCUCCAAUGAGUCAGUGUUUGUCGAACUUCUUUUCUAUGUUUACAAUGUUAAGAAAAUUACUUUAAUCCAGAUCUGAGUCCCCCCUACUACCAGCACAGAAUUAGGACUAAUGAUUGUGGUCUCGGUUUGCCGGUAACUACAGGUGUUUUGUUAAUGGAACUAAAAUCAAUUCAUUAAAUACAAAAAAAAUCCUUGAGCCA